UGUCUGAUGUUUGCGAACAUCGGAAUUGUAGUGUGUACUGUGUAACGUGUUUGACUGUUUGUAAUGGAUGUCAGACGUGAUACUUGUUGUAGUGUGGGCAAUCGCCGUAGAAGAGACUCGUGGGCUUCGUCGUGUAGUGAACGAAGUGAAGAUGAAGACCGUAGGGAUCAAGGAGUUGCGAUGACUAUUGUGACUCUAAAUGCUAUUUUGGACGAUAAUAAUCGUAUGUUUGAAUUUCUGAGGAGUUUUGGUGUUCUUGGUGAUAAAUAUAUAUGUGCUAAAUGCCGGAAGCUCAUGUCCUGUGCUAAAGUCCCACCAAAAAGAUGCAGAGAUCUGCUUAUGUGGCGAUGCCGAAAAGACGACGUAUGGAGGUCCGUUCGCAAAGGGACAUGGUUUGAAACUGCGAGGCUUAGCAUUAGAACUAUUGUUUUGAUGUCGUACUGUUUUUGUAUGCGCAAGUCUGUUGUAUCUACAAGUCGCAUGACAGGUUUGAGCGAGAGAUCAGUCGGAGACUGGUUUUUGUCAUGUAGGGAAAUUUGUUCAGCGUUGUUGAAGAAGAGAGGGAAGAUUGGUGGCCCAGGUGUUGUGGUUGAGAUGGGCGAAUCGUGUUUCGGAGUUGCUGAGAAUCGUAAAGGAAAGUGGUUACCAGAACUUUGGGUUUGGGGAGCAGUCGUUUGUGGGAAAGAACGUGGGGACCUGGUUUUGAAAAUAGUUGAUAAGAGGGAUGCAAGGACUUUGCAACGCCUUCUUGAAGAACAUGUCGAGGACGGGACUGUGAUAUGUUCAGAUACGUGGAAGAGUUAUGAGGAUGAAGGGGCAGUGGACCUGCAGACUUUUGCAGACGAUCACAAUUACCAAUUUCAUAAUAAAGUGAUUGGUACCAUGGAGCAAUGUUGGGAGGAAGUAAAGAGAGUUUUGGGGAGAGGGAAGAGACGGCGCAGCGGUUUGCAAAGUCAUUUGGAUGAAUACGUUUGGAGGGAAAGUGUAUUUGGAAACGGGUGCGUGUUUCAUUCUUUUAUGCGAGGUGUGGGAACAGUUUAUGUACCGUGUGUAGAGGACCCUACGCCUGUAACAGAACAUCCUAAACUUUCAGCCAGAGCCAUGACGACAGCAGAAGGGAAAGGAUGCCCUACACAGUCAUCAGAGGAUCCGUCCUCGCCAAUGGCAGCCCGAGACUCUACACCAGUAACAGUCGAGCGAUACCCGUCACUGUCAGCAAUAGGUCCAUCUUCAACAGUAGCACCUGCAAUGAACUUUACAGUGCAGCCAAAGGAAACACCUACGAAGCGCAGAAAAUGUGUCGUAUGAGAGUAUUUUUGGUAACCCAAAUCCUAUCGGAGAGGAGGAGUUGGGGAUAUAAUGUUUUUCUUUUAUUCAUCUGUCAGGUAUGGAAUACCUCAACGAAGACUUUAGAAGCUGUUGUUUUGAAACUUUCUAUUUGUGAUGGCGCUUUUCUCGUUUGCACUGCCAGUUUUUCUACACGACAUUGAUGUAAAGGCUAUGGGUAACCUUGUGUGUUUCAUAUUGCACACCACCUCAAGAGUUAAAAAAAUUCUACCGUCGAAGAGGUGUGCAGAUUGGUGGCUCCACAGUAAACUGCCGGACUUUGGAUGCGAAGGUCUCAGGUUUGCUCCGUAGUCAUUUGUAAGAUUUUUAUCAGUAAUUUGUCACAUUUCUCACCUCUGGCUUUGUUGAAAAUGUGGGAUUGCACAGUGCUUUGUUCUGCACCGAAUUGUAGGUCCCGAUUUGUAAAAACUGUCUAGACGCGUCAAUUUAGAGGUGGGAGCGAGGUGAGGCCGUACCUCGUGUGGCGGGAUCCCACCCGGCAGAUGAACGCAGCACUGUCUGCUGUUUGAAACUACCCUCUGGCUGAUGGCAGCUUUAUCUCUCAGUAGGUGAGGUUUGUGAGGAAUUUGUGGUGGCUUUUUAAAUUCUUAUAUUCUUGCUGUGUAUUGCACAGUAGUGAACUAAAAAGUUACCACAAAGUUCGAAGCCUUUCCUUCUUUUGCAGGCCAGUGGUGCAUUUGGGAAAAUUGUAUUACAUCACAUUUGGGUUGCCACACUUUGUGUUGUCCAAAUGUUACCAGACAGUUGUGAAUACAUUUACUUGCACAGUGCAGUAAACACCUCGCAUUUCAUUUUUGUAUCUGCUACCGCAAUUCCCAGGACCACACUGUCUUAUUUCCUGCGACGUUUGACUAUAGGUGGAUCGAUGCCACCUUUAUAUUCAGUCGUUUAGAUGCUGAGACCUUAAUGUCGGACACUGACGGGUGUGUUUCCCUUUGUUUGCGGAAUACGGAACUCGAUUCUAGCACAGUUUAAUGGGUGCUGUUGUUGACACAACUGUAGUCACAGUGUAGGUGUAAUAUAGAGCAACUAUUUUCGAAUAAUUUUUGGAAAUUUGAGUAAUUUUGGCUUACGUAAAUUUGUCUGUUGCAGGUUACCUCACUUCACCGUCAUCUGAGUGUCAGUAAUACGGAGUACCAGCUAUAAUAGCCGAGCCAGAGAGCGCAGUGUGAUACCACCGAAUACCAGAUUUGUGAAAGGAUACCAGUUCGACCCAAUCGAGUUUAAAACUGUGACAAAACACUGGACAAUACCACUAUCUACAACUGCCAAACAGUUUGGUCCGUGGGCCGCUGCAGAUAAAGUAAAAACUUGGAAGUGUCUCACGUUGUGCCUCUUGAAAAGUGGGUAACAAUUUUUGCUUCAGAAGAAAAGAGCCUGGAGCUACACGUAUGGAUCAAAUCUUGAGGAAAAUGUAAAAAUGAUAAAUUGUAAACAGUGUAAAUUUUAAUUUACACUCGUCAGAAUAAAGUACUGAUAUA